GCUCAGGUAGUCCUGCUGGGUAUCCUUACUCUGGCCAUCAUCAACUUCUUUGUGGGCUUCUUCCUAACUCCCACUGACGAGCAGAAGUCAAAAGGAUUCCUAGGACCAAAUGUUGAUCUGUUCAAGACAAAUCUGAUGGCAGAUUAUGAACAAGGCCAGUCAUUCUUCAGUGUCUUCUCAGUGUUCUUCCCUGCCGCCACAGGUAUCCUGGCUGGAGCAAACAUUUCAGGAGACCUCAAGGAUGCUUCCAAGUCAAUCCCCAAGGGUACGUUCCUGUCUAUCCUGAUCACUUCCUUGGUUUACCUCGUCAUGGCUAUAUGUGUGGGUUCCUGUGUCCUGCGAGAGGCCAACGGGAUCAUGCUGGUGUCUACUGCUGCUGCUACUGCUGCGUCCAAUGUCAGUGUCCUCCAGCCUGUCAGUGCUGCUGUCAAUGGCUCUGUUGCCAUGACAACAACAACUGCGGCCACAGUGGCUGGGCCUGUGGCAGCGUACUCUGUGAACACGACACCCUUUGCACUGACCUCCACUGCUGCUCCCCAGUACAGCUCUGAGGACUAUAGUUACAGCCCAGAGUUCAUCUCCAACUGUUCUCUGUCUCCUGAACAGUGCAAGUAUGGCCUCCUCUAUGACUACCAGGCUAUUGAGAUGGUGGCGGCUUGGGGUCCACUCAUCCUGGCUGGAAUUUUCUCUGCCACUCUCUCCUCUGCCCUUGCCAGUCUGAUGUCAGCACCAAAAGUGUUCCAGGCGCUCUGCAAAGACAAGAUCUUCCCACUGUUGGCCUACUUUGGUGUAGGCUAUGGCCCCGGUGACAACCCCAGAAGAGCAUUUCUACUCUGUUUUGUUAUAGGCUUCGGUUUCCAGUUAAUAGCUGACCUCAAUGCCAUAGCACCUCUGAUCUCCAACUUCUUUCUCAUGUCGUAUGCCCUCAUCAACUUCUCUUGCUUCGAUGCGUCUGUAGCCAGAUCACCCGGAUGGCGUCCAUCGUUCCGUUUCUACAACAAGUGGCUGAGCCUGUGCGGAGCGGUGCUGUGCAUUGUGGUCAUGUUCAUCAUCAACUGGAUCACUGCGCUCAUCACCUUUGGCUGUGUGGGCACUCUGUUUGUCUAUGUACACCAUCGCAAACCUGAUGUGAACUGGGGCUCAUCUACCCAGGCUCACGUGUACCGCAGCGUCCUCAUACAGACUCUCAAGCUGGUCAGGAUUGGGGAGCACAUCAAGAAUUUCAGACCACAAGUUCUGGUUCUCUCUGGUGAACCGGACACACGGCCGGCCCUGGUAGAUUUUUGCACUCACAUCACCAAGAAGAUGGGACUCAUGAUGUGUGGCAAUGUCAUUGUGGGUACUCAAUGGGAGAAUCUGCGCCAGUUACAGUCAAGCGCUCCAUACGCAUACUUCCGGCGGCGACACAUCAAGUCUUUCUACUCAGCCACCACAGCUUCCACGUUCCAGCUGGGAGCUCAGGCCCUUAUGCAGAAUGUCGGUGUGGGAAAGUUCCGUCCCAAUCUUCUGAUCCUCGGGUACAAGUCCAACUGGCAGACAGACAAACCUGAGUAUGUCCAGCAGUACUUGGGCGUCAUUCAUGAUGCUUUUGACCUGAAGUUUGGUGUGGGGAUUCUUCGUGUGAAGGAAGGCUUUGGUUUGGACGUGGACACAGCAACCACCUUGUUUGAUGGCCAACAAGAUGAAGAUGCCAGUGAUGAUGAUGAAAGCCCCAGAGGAACUCCAGUCAAUGCUGCCGAGCCCCAUGGAGGCAGCUCCAAGCACAGUGGCCAGGAGGUGGCCUUGAAUGGGGACGUGGAGAAGGGCCAGGGCAAGAAAUCAGGGAAAAAGGGAGACAAGAAGGGAGCUGCCCCUGUAGUAGUUCAGAUUCGUGUGGAAGACGAGGAGGAGGGGCAAGGAGACAUGACUGAGCAGCCCAAUAAUCCUUUGCUGCUGAAGAAACUCAAUACCCAGGUGUUGAAGACAAUGAAUAAAUUUCGUAACAAAGAGAAAGGCUCCAUCGAUGUCUGGUGGUUAUUUGAUGAUGGCGGUCUGACUUUGCUGCUGCCGUAUAUCCUGACCACAAAGGCUCACUGGCGGGGCUGUAGGCUCAGAGUGUUUGCUGCAGGGACCAAGAACGGAGACUUGGGAUAUGAGCAAAGACAACUGGCCACCCUUUUGUCCAAGUUCCGCAUUGACUGCAAGGACAUGACAGUGUUGCCUGAGAUCAACAAGAAGCCCAGUGAGGAGAGUGUGAAGAUGUUCAAUCAGUACUUGUCCAAAUGGAGGUUAAACUCGCAGAAUGGGGAAACAAAGAAAGAUUUUCCUUGGAAGGUGACAGAUGAUGAGCUGGAGCUUGUGAAAGAAAAGACACAGCGACAUAUAAGACUGAGGGAGCUUCUGCUAGAAAGAUCCAUAGAUUCUUCCCUAAUUGUGAUGACCCUGCCUAUGCCCAGAAAAGGCACCUGCCCGGCCGGACUCUACAUGUGCUGGAUCGACACGCUGACCCGUGACAUGCCACCCAUCCUCCUUGUGAGAGGCAACCAGACCAGCGUCCUCACCUUCUAUUCAUAGUUCCUUCAUGUCAAAGUACAUGCGUGUAUGCAUGCAUGUAGAAAGAUACACACAUACAGCGAAUGCUGUCAGUCCAACAGUGUACUUUUAGGGACCAUUCACUUGAAAACUUGCUUCCUGGCCGUGGAUGAGAUUAUUUUACUUCUAGGUACUGUGUCAGUAUCAUCACUGUGCUAGAUACUGUGUCAGUAUCAUAUUGUGCUAGAUACUGUGUGAAUAUUAUAUUGUGCUAGAUACUCUCAUAGUAUCAUGUUGUGCUAAAUACUGUGUUGGUAUCAUGUUGUGCUCCAUUCCCACUUUUCCUCAUUUUUCUGUGAGGCACUGGUGUGUGUGUGUGUUUGUAGGGGAAGACUGUAUCUUAAUGUUAACAUCAUUUUUAAGACAGUUGUCAGUGCUGUUCUGCCUCCUUUCUCCUCCUCCCACAACUGCAAAUAUAAAUGUAUUGUCAAAUUGUCUUUCCAUCAAGUUUGUUGCUUCACAUCUCAAAGUGCAAGGAAUGUUUCUUAGAGUGUGUAAGGCAACUGGAGAUAAUUUGCCCAGAUUUUUGUUCUGAAUCUUGACUUUUGAAUUUCUGAUGGAGAUCAGUCUUUUAUCGAUUUGGGUUUUUUUUAAAAAGCAAAUCUAGUUUAUCACAAUCAACGUUUCCUGACGCAAAUCCUCACCUUUCUUUCUUCACUUCACAUUCUCCUCUUUUUCUUUUUUGUCCCAGUCUCUUUUCUUCUCUCCUGCACACACACUCAUAUGUGCACGGCACAUAAUGUAUACACAUAUCGGUAGUCUUGCUUCCAGAGCAUUUGUUCACAGCUGAGGGGUAACGAUCUGAAAGUAGAGGAUGUAAGUUAGAGAUGGAAUAAUGGUGUAUUUUAUUAUUAAAGUGAAUUAGAAGUAACUUUUCAAGGUUUACUGAGGAAAAGUACACUAGUACAUAAAAUAAUUGUGGAUCACUUGUUAUUUAGUAGUGGAACCUAUAUUGUUCUUUUUUCUUCCCAUUCAUUAAUGGAAUGCUAGUAAGUAAUGUGUUAUAGGGGGAAAUGUACUUUUUUGUACAAAAUAUUUGAUCAACGGCAGAUAUAUAUGAUUGGAGAAAUCCAGACACUUUUGCUUAUAACAAUCUUUGUCAAUUUUUAUCAGAACUUAUAUUUUAUUUUGUAAUUUUGAGACAAUUUACUGGGUGUUGAUCUAUUGACUAUUUCUGCAUUACCUGAGGAAAAGUAAAUGAAAAGUAGCUGAUGUCCCUCUGCUGUGACUGUUAUGUAGAUAUUUGUACCGACGAGAAUGGUCCCACCCUCAUACCUUUUAGCGGUGGGCACCUCAUGUUUCUUGCACUCCACGCAUCCCGUCCAAGCAAAAGAAGUUGUUGCUGUUAUCGCAUUCAAGCUGUACCGCACGCUCAUGUAUUUAGAAUUUCCAUGCGAAUAUGCAUAGUGUGUUAGUUUUCCAUGUUAUCCAUCUAUUGUCUUUCCACUGGGACCAGUGAAGAGGAGAUGGAGACUUAGUCAGAGAAUGACAGUUCUUCAUAAGUUAUUUGUACAAUAGCUAUUUAUAAUCUGGAUAUGUACACUGUAUGUGGGACUGAGACCAUGUGAAUGCUCACCUGUUUUCAGCCUGUGGUCUCUUGUUGAUCCUCUGUUAUUAAGGAAAGCCUCAGUAUUGCCUUUCUUGUACAGACAUGAAGGUGGAGACUAACACAAUUUGUUUUGAACAUUAACAGGAAGGAUUUAUCAGUUGUGAAUCAAAGUGCACUUUCUGGAGACUUGUCAACUUUGUUGCUAUUUUUCUUCUGAUCAUCCAGUUCUAAGUACAUUUUUUGUAGAAUGGAAGGCUGCAGAAGUGAUGUUCAGGGAUAAAGUUGUGUAUGGGGCAAACUUGAAUUCUGCUUUCAAGAUGAAAUGCUCCCUAUCAAGAAAGUACUGAUAGUUUUUUUUGAAAAUCUUUCAUUCUCUUCACAGAUAAACUCUAUUCUGACUGUUAGACAGUCUUAUUUAUCUGUUUGUGAUCUUAGUCAAUCUGGUCAGACAUAAUGUUACUGUUAGAUUUAAUGAGUAUAGUUAUGCAAUGUCAUCUCUCAUGAAUCUCCAAAGAUGUUGGUGCAUGUUUUGUGCAGGUCUGUCUUACACGAGAACUGGUGGACUUAAUCCCGUUUUUCUCCACACUGGUUCAUGUUUGGUAUUUUUUCAAGUUGAAAUCUGUCUUCCAAAGCUGAUUUUAAAAUUUGAGCAGCUGAGAGUAUGAGCUAUAAAAAGUGAAAAUGUGUUGAGCUUGAAUGUUGCUGCUAACUGCACUGAAAGGAGAGAUUGAUGAAGUGUUGAUGAAAAGCUGUAAUAUUGUUUUGUUAUGGGGAUUUUCAUGACAUUAUAUGUGGUUUGUUGUUCAACAAAUGUAAAUAUUGUUUGUGACAUUUCAAAAGCUGUCAUUCUUUGCAUCAUGGAUGUAUUUUUAUGUACACAAAAAUGUUAACCUCAUUUCUUUUGUCUGGCUUUCCCCUAUUACUCUCUUUGACUCUGGCCCCUGUCAAUUUAACAGUGUAAGUAGGUGUAGGUGUAUUCAAAAAAAUGGUGCAUAUUUUACAAAUUCAUAGCCUUCUGUAUAGCUUUCAUAUACAAAGGUUGUUAGGUUUGAUGGAACCUUUUUUAGUCUCUUUGCAUGAUUUUGAACCUGAGGAUUCAUUGAUCGCGUGCUGCUUCUGUUAAAAGGAAAAUUCCAAAUGCAGUUUUUUUGGUGCCAAGCAGUAAUCAGCUGUAUGAAAAAAAAGUUUUCAUGACACUGCAAUGAGAGAUUGAAAGAGAAUAGCAUUAAAGCCCUUAUCUUGUAGUGAGAGGUGCAGUCUGUGUUGAUUCUAACACCCAGACAUUGUGUUUGGCUUUGCCAUCUUUGUAUCACCUCAAAGUUGAAUGGUUCUGUUCAGUUUAGGUCACUUUUCGUCAACAGGCUACAUUAGUUCAUCAUAAUAUAAGUUUUAUCACUCAUAGUUUUGAGCAUGGUAGAAAAAAAGCGUAUCCUGUAUUCUCGUCUUUUUCUGACUAGAAUUUUAAUGAUUUGUUUUAUUUCUUCUAAAUUUGUUUGAGCAUUGAGGCCAUUUUAUUACAGGGUGGAAGGCCGUUGUAUAAAGGGUGCCGUAGUGGGUCACUUUGAAUUUGGUGAAUUCAGCCAUUGUCAUGGCACCUUGACAAUAUGAUCACUGUGGACUGCAGUAGUAAUCUUAACUCACUGAGUUUGACCUUCUGGGAAUGUAACGACUUUUUAAGAGAACUUUUCUUUCUUGAAUAAUUAUGUUUUAGCAUGUAACGAAAAAUCUUCAGUUGAAAAAAAUGUCUGUUAGGUCUCUUGUGUUUACUUACAAGGGUUUAUAAAGUAGAGGGAUUAAAUUAAUAGCCUGUUACUUCCUUAGCUGAUGGAAAUUGUGUUUUAUUCUGAAGCCUGUCCCUCUUGUUGCUGGAAACUGCUGGUCUCACUGGGUCUGUGAGAGAGAGGAGAGCAAUGUCUCAGGAUACACCUGGCUGGUCACUGUGAACCUGUGACUGGUAGAAGCACCAAUAUGUUGAUAUUGCCAUUUGAGUAUUUAAAAUCACAUUCCUGUACUUUGCCCUCAAAGCUACAACAUUUGUCAUUGUGUUGUCCAGACCUGUCUCCAUACAUUAUGAUAUGUAGUCAUGGAUAUAUGUUCUGAACCUAAUGAAGAGGAAAUACUUGCUAGCCUAUGGUUUGUAAAUGCCUUUUGCUCUUGCCUCGCCAUGCUUACACCUGCCAGGUUAUGGGAAUAUGUCUUCUGUCUGUGUUCUUGUUAGCUGCAAAAUAGCUUUUGGAUUUCUGAUCAUUUUAGGAAAUGAAAAAAAUCUGCAUUACCUUGAUAAAUUAAAAAUGGUCUGUAUCUUCUUUAUGCAUUUUACAUUUAAAUGGUGGGUAUCUUCUUAAUGCAUUUUACAUGAAUGUUGAUGCAGUAGUUACAUACAAUUAGAUUAUUAUUUAGAUAAAAGACAAAAAUUGAUGCAAAAAGAUUUUACAUUUGAAAAUACAGAGAACCUUUUGUUUAACUGUCUUUGAAAGAAAAAACUAUCUAUCUCCGCCUCCUGCCUGUUUCCCCCGCAUGUUGAUUCGGUAAAGUUUCAGGGUCUUUUCAAGCUUGUCUUUUGAUGACUCAGUGUUUUUGUAUAUUGAUGACCAUGCAUUUUGGUCUCUUUAUAUGAGCCACUUCAAGCUAUCUUUUAAUGACUGUAUGUUUGUUUUCUGCACGUGUGUACUCUCUCACUGUUUGUAUGUGGGUAGUUGACAGGUGCUCCAGUGUGGUUUGCUCCUUCUUUCCUAAAAGACAUCUAUCACCCUUAUCUCUCCUCCUUCUAUUUUGUGUUUGUUACUCUCUCUGAUCUCUGGCACUCAUAUGACCAAAGUGUGUUACAAGUGCUGUAUAACUUUCACUAAAAACAAUGUCUGUACUGAAGACUGUAGCCCAGCUGUCUCUGCUGGUUCUGCUGGUAGAGCACAGACUGUGUGUGUUGUGGAAAACACGUCAAACUGAGAGGGUAUUCUCCGUCAUUUCAUAGAUGCUUUGUGAUCCAUUUCAUAUCAUGCGUCUUUGUGUCAUGGUAGAGUUACUCUCUGUGUUUCGUUUACAACACUUCUUUUAUGUAUCCUGUGCAUGUGUGUAUCCUGCAUUUGUAUAUAUAUAUAUGUGCAUGUAAUUGUUUGUUUGGGACAUGCGUGCGUACUGCUUGUCCUGCAUACUGAGGAGUGAUUAUGACCUGGCAAAUGAUGCAUCCUGUCUAAAGAGAUGUCUUCUUGUCGUCUGUGCCGUCAUCUCUCAGUGAAACGGGAAAAGUUCCCAACUCCCAAAAACUGGCAGGAGAGAAGAUCAAGAGUAAUGGUGAUCCAAGCUCUGUACAUCAACUGUGCACUAACACUGUGUUAUGUUCUACAGCUUGGUCAACUUAAAGCAAAAAAUCUUCAUGUCCCAUUGAUCAGUUGCAGUUAAGAUUCAAAAACUCUACUUAUGUAUGUAAAUUGUUUGUACAGGAAACAUUUGUGUGGCUGGUACUUAGUGACGGAAUAUCCUUUUGAACUUGCACACUGAAAUAGUCCACUUGAAGAAAAUGUAACUGAUGUGUAAAUAUUUAAGUUUUAAUUUUCUCAGGUUGGCAAAGGUUAAGACUAACUUUUAGUUCUUCCUACACAAAACGUGGUCCUAGAUGGACAUUGUUCCAGGGGUGUUUUUGUUUGCAAAGUGCUCAUUUUUGUCUGAGAUGUUUUUGUCCUUGUGGUGCUUUCAUGAAGUCAGAGAGAGGUUUCAGGCUGUUGAGGGACUGUUGUUAGCUUUAUGCUCUUUUAGGAUUGCUUCUCAUUCUUCUUCUGUUUUUUAGUUAUACCAUUUCAGUUUUGUUUUUUCCGGUGAUUAUGUGUACAUUGCCAAGUCGAUUAGGUGUCUCGGAUUUCAUUUGCAAUACUUAUCCCAUAUGUUCGUUUUUGUGCAAUUUGCAUUAUUCACUCAGAUUUUUGUUCAUUCCUCUGCAGGAGUUGAGUCUCGAACCUAUAAAAUACUCUUUGAUUUUGAUUUUUUGUUUGUUUGUUUGUUGUUGUUUUUUUCUGUUUUACAAACCUUUAAAAAAGACUCACUAACUAGAAUCUCAUCAUUUAUUUUGUACCAGUUGUCGUCCCAUUUUUAUUUGCCACAGGCACACUCAUUCUCACACUACAUGAACUCAAAUGUAAACUACUCUGUGGGGCACCCUGGUGUAUUUUAUUUACUUGGGGGAAAGUAUCUACCGUGGGAACAAAGUGACAAAUUGAUACUUCCCUUGCUUCUGUUCCUCUUCCAGGUGUCUGCCCUCCUGAUAAGACUAAAGUUUUGCAUUUCCUGGGCGCGUUUCUGUGAAUGUGUUCAUGUCAUCCCCAAGCUUUAACCCCGCCUCAUCUUUUGGCCUGUGUCAUGGGCUCUGUUCUCAUUAUUCCUAUGAUUUUUUGUGUCUAUAGUUUGCUAGACUUUGUGCCAUUCUAUUGAUUCUGUUUGUUUUUAUUUGUUUAUUUUUGGCAUGAUAACAUCUUUAAAAAAAUAUUUAUAAAGGUAGACUUUGUACCUAGCCGUGUGCUCUGAGGGGGUGAUAAUGAUAACGUAGGCAUUCCUUAAGGUGUAAAUCUUCCUCUUACACCCUGUCAGUGACCUUUGAAAUUUCGUUUGAGUUUGCUGCCAGGUCUGUUUUCAAAAAUUUGAUAAUUAUUUCAGGUUAAAUUUUUAGAUUUUGCUAACAUCCUGAAUAACCCAUUAUGUCUUAACAGACAAGAUAGGGGCCUACCUAAAACAAACUGGGGUUUUAGGCAUGGUAAAUGACUGCCAACAAAUUCAAAUGUCACUUUUACGAUCUCCCAACGCGAAAUGACUGUUAUAGCUUCAAUGUGCUUCUCUUUUAACUCUAUCUAGACUGUUGCUCUGUCUGCUUGGCACUGCUGGAGGUUUCUGGCCUUUGGUCAGGGAACAACCCGAGAUUUAUGAAGGGAUUGUAGUCAGGCCUGCUGUGUCAUCUGCACGUUAGUAUCGGGAGUCAGUUGCCAACCCUGAAUCAUUGUUAGAACAAAAAGAGCAGACCUGGGGUUUUUUUUUAGUUCUAUACUAAUAACUAAUAAAUUUCUUUUCCCGUGAACAAGAACAAUCAAGUUGAGUGCCUUUAUGAGAAAAAACAAACAGUGGUGUUACUCUAAAUUGUGGCCAAUGCACAUACAUGUAUUGUCAUUAUUACUAGAUAGCUGCCAUGUCUCUAAUUUACUCAGAUCAUAUUAUAUAUAUAUACUUACAUUCUAACAUUCAAUAACUUGCCAUGCCAUUUUAAAUUUUACUCACUGAUCAACUCAAUGGCCAUAUACAGCACAGUUGUACCAUGAUAUUUAAAAUUUUUGUUUGUCA